GCCUCGCCCUGCCAUGGCGCCGGAGGAGAGCGCCGAGGCCGCGGGCUUGCUGCAGAGUUUCGAGCGCCGCUACCUGGCGGCGCGCACGCUGCGCUCUUUCCCCUGGCAGAAUCAGCAGCACACAUUACAGAUGAGGUCCUGCUUGGAUGGAAGGGCCAGAGAAUAAACAGAGCCUAGAAGAGAAAUUAAGAGACUCAUCAGGUCCUGAGCUGCUGUUGAUUAUUUUGCAGAAGACCGUGAAGCAUCCUCUGUGUGUGAAGCAUCCGCCGUCAGUGAAAUAUGCCCGGUGCUUUCUCUCGGAGCUCAUCAGAAAGCACGAGGCUGUCCACACGGAGCCUUUGGAUGAACUGUACGAAGCAUUGGCAGAGGUCCUGAUGGCCAAGGAGCCCACCCAGUGCCACCGGAGCUAUCUGCUGCCUUCUGGAGACUCGGUCACGCUCUCUGAGAGCACAGCCAUCAUUUCCCACGGCACCACUGGCCUGGUCACGUGGGACGCCGCGCUGUACCUUGCAGAAUGGGCCAUACAGAACCCGGCCGCGUUUGCUCACAGGACUGUCUUAGAGCUCGGCAGUGGAGCUGGCCUCACGGGCCUGGCCAUUUGCAAGACAUGCUGCCCCAGCACCUACGUCUUCAGUGACUAUCACAGCUGUGUCCUUGAGCAACUCCGAGGAAACGUCCUUCUCAAUGGCCUCUCAUUGGAGCCAGAUGCCACUGCCCCUGCACAGCACCCAGGACACAACACCUACGACUCAGAGAGCCCCAAGGUGACAGUGGCCCAGCUGGACUGGGAUGUCGUGACAGCCCCUCAGCUCGCUGCCUUCCAGCCAGAUGUAAUCAUAGCAGCAGAUGUGCUGUAUUGCCCAGAAACCGUCCUCUCCCUGGUCAGAGUCCUGCAGAGGCUCUCUGCUUGCCUGAAGGGCCAGCAGGCUCCGGAUGCCUACAUUGCCUUCACUGUCCGCAACCCGCAGACCUGCCAGCUGUUCACUAGCGAGCUGGGCCAGGCUGGGAUCCCCUGGGAAGCAGUGCCUCAUCACGACCAGAAGCUGUUUCCCUAUGAAGAACACUCAGACAUGGCAAUUUUGAAACUAAUGCUGUAGGUUUACAAAUGUUUUUAAAGAUUAACAUGAAAAUUUAAUCACCAUCCUGUAAAGAAUUUUUAUGUGGGAAAGCUGAUAAAAUUUUCACUGGACCUGAAUGCUUGAAGAAUGUUAAAUUCAGAAUCAGGAACUGCAAACUGUGUUCUAAUAAAAUAUAAACUAUUCAAGUAGAUA